AGGGGCUUGUACGCCGGGUUAGGGAGCUACCGGGCCCAGAGACCGUUCUUGAAGUAGUGGCUGCAUCACCAUGUCCCGCGGUUCCAGCGCAGGCUUUGACCGCCACAUUACCAUUUUUUCACCCGAGGGCCGGCUCUACCAAGUAGCAUGCACUUCCUUGUCCUGAGGUAGAUGUUUCCACACAGGCUUUCAGGGCCUCCUUUGUGCCAGAUCCUGCUAGUCUUAAGGGAUACAAAGAUGCCACAGCCUCUCUUAUAUUGAACUUAAAGGGAGUGCCAGAUGACGUAAACAAACGGAGACAAAGAAAAAAUGCCAACUGACUGGUAUUUGCAUAGUUCAGGACAUCUUUGGAAAACGGAAUAUGCUUUUAAGGCUAUUAACCAGGGAGGCCUUACAUCGGUAGCUGUCAGAGGGAAAGACUGUGCAGUAAUUGUCACACAGAAGAAAGUACCUGACAAAUUAUUGGAUUCCAGCACAGUGACUCACUUAUUCAAGAUAACUGAAAACAUUGGCUGUGUGAUGACAGGAAUGACAGCUGACAGCAGAUCCCAGGUACAGAGGGCACGCUAUGAGGCAGCUAAUUGGAAAUACAAGUAUGGCUAUGAGAUUCCUGUGGACAUGCUGUGUAAAAGAAUUGCUGAUAUUUCUCAGGUCUACACACAGAAUGCUGAAAUGAGGCCCCUUGGUUGUUGUAUGAUUUUAAUUGGUAUAGAUGAAGAACAAGGCCCUCAGGUGUACAAGUGUGAUCCUGCAGGUUACUACUGUGGGUUUAAAGCCACUGCAGCAGGCGUUAAACAAACCGAGUCAACCAGCUUUCUUGAAAAAAAAGUGAAGAAGAAAUUUGAUUGGACAUUUGAACAGACAGUGGAAACUGCAAUUACCUGCCUGUCUACUGUUCUAUCAAUUGAUUUCAAACCUUCAGAAAUAGAAGUUGGAGUAGUUACAGUUGAAAAUCCUAAAUUCAGGAUUCUUACAGAAGCAGAGAUUGACACUCAUCUUGUUGCUCUAGCAGAGAGAGACUAAACAUUGUAGUCAGUUUACCAAAUCCAUUAUGCCACUUGCCUGUGUGUUUGGUAACAACAGAUGAACAUUACGGAGGCCCUUGGAUUGAAAAAGGAACCUCUCCCACUCCUGCCACUGAAGUGGUUAGGGCUCUAUAUAAAUAAAAACAGUGCUUUUGGAAAAGAAUUGCAUCCUGUGUUUUUUACCUCCAGUUUUAUGUAUUAAAACUGUUUUAUGUGUUAGUACAUGCAGGCUGUUAAAUAAAUGUUCACCAUCUU